AGGAGCAACAAUAACAAUCUGUACAAACACAUUGCAAACAGCUGUUGGCAGCUUCUAAAAUCUUUAUUGAUGUUAUUACUUGUUUAUUACUAUUUAUUCAGUAUAUUGUUAAACAAGUAUCAGUUUUAUUGAUUCGUUGUAUAUUUUCGAAAUGGAAACUUUGCAAAACACAGGAGCUUUUCGGCCUCCUAAGGCGAAUAACAAAAAUCCAAAUCAAGAGGCCAGUAAUUCGGGGGAAAACGCAUUAGGAAGAUUGCUUGAAAUCAAAGAGGAUAUUAAAAUCGACACUGCAUAUGGAUUUCGUAGAGUUACUGACUCGAAAGAGAGAAUAGGAUUUCUGCUUAAUAUGCAUACGACUGAAAUUGUAGAAGAUGAUAAGCGUCUACUAAGUGGCGUAGAUUACUAUUUCAUAGAGGAAGAUGCUACCAGAUUUAAAGUGUCAUUGCCAUAUUCACCAUAUUUUUACAUUUUAUGUCGUAAAGAUACCUUCCAUGAAGUUUCUACGUUUUUAUCUAAAAAGUACAUGGGACUUUUGACAAAAAUUGAAACUACUUACAAAGAAGAUCUUGAUUUAGCUAAUCAUUUGAUUGGUUUAAAACAAAAAUAUUUGAAGCUUUCUUUUGCAAAUAUUGUUGAUUUAACAAAAGUUAAGCGAGAUAUUAUGCGUGUUGUUAAAGUUAAUAAAGAACGGGAGAAAAGUAACACUUACUAUACAGAUAUGCUAGCAACUACAUUGCAGCCAAAUGAACAAGAUAAUAAUAAGCAAACUUUAGAUCACAUGGACAAUAUUCUUGAUAUUAGAGAAUAUGAUGUACCUCAUCAUGUUCGAGUAUCUAUAGAUGCUAACAUCUUUUGUGGAACUUGGUAUUCUGUAAAAACCAGAGGAAGUGAACCACCUAUAAUUCUGCGAAAGGAGGAUAUGAUUGAACCACCCGAGCCUAUUGUAUUGGCAUACGAUAUCGAAACUACAAAGUUGCCAUUGAAAUUUCCAGAUGCCAAUAUAGAUCAGAUUAUGAUGAUAUCAUAUAUGAUAGAUGGGCAGGGAUAUUUGAUAACAAAUAGAGAACUAGUGUCAGCAGAUAUACGAAAUUUCGAGUAUACACCAAAACCAGAAUUUGAAGGUCCAUUCACAAUAUUUAAUGAGCCUAAUGAAAAAGCAGCAAUAGCAAGAUUUUUUGAUCAUAUUAAUGAAAUAAGACCACAUAUAUUUGUAACAUACAAUGGUGAUUUCUUCGAUUGGCCAUUUGUUGAAGCACGAGCAGCUAUACAUAACAUGGAUAUGAAAGAAAAAAUUGGUUUCUCUAAAAAUCGUGAGGGAGUUUACGUCAAUAGAGCUGCUAUGCAUAUGGAUUGCUUAUGUUGGGUGAGACGUGAUUCUUAUCUCCCAGUGGGUUCCCAAAAUUUAAAAGCUGUUGCUAAAGCUAAGUUGAGAUAUGAUCCAGUGGAACUCGAUCCAGAAGAAAUGUGCAGAUUAGCAUCGGAAGAACCGGAAGUACUCGCAAAUUAUUCCGUUUCCGAUGCUGUAGCAACAUUUUAUCUCUACCAAAAGUACAUUCAUCCAUUCAUAUUUGCAUUAUGCACUAUUAUUCCUAUGGAACCCGAUGAAGUGCUCAGAAAGGGAUCUGGUACACUGUGCGAAUCACUUCUUAUGGUAGAGGCUUUUAAAGCUAACAUUAUAUUUCCUAACAAACAAGAAACCGAAUUAAAUAAACUAACAAAAGAUGGCCAUUUAUUGGAUCAAGAAACUUAUGUGGGUGGACAUGUGGAAGCCUUGGAGUCUGGUGUUUUUAGAGCUGAUAUUCCCUGCCGUUUUAAAAUUAUUCCAAAUGCCGUAAAUGAAUUAAUCAAUGGGGUAGAGAAUGCCUUAAAACAUACGAUACAAGAAGAGGAAAAAGUACCUAUUGAGAUGGUUACAAAUUUUGAUGAGAUAGUAGAUGAAGUUAAAGGAAAAUUGGGAGAGCUUCGAGAUCAACCUUUGAGAUUAGAAAAUCCUGUGAUUUAUCACUUAGAUGUUGGCGCUAUGUAUCCGAACAUUAUUUUGACUAACAGAUUGCAACCCUCUGCGGUAGUAAACGAAAUGGAUUGCGCAGUGUGUGACUAUAACAAACCUGAUGCUCUUUGCCAAAGAAAAAUGAAAUGGAUGUGGAGAGGCGAAUAUUUGGCUGCAAGUCUGGGUGAAUAUCAAAGAAUAAAACAACAACUGGAGACUGAAAGAUUUCCACCACAAUUCCCUGGUGGUUCCAAGAGAGCUUUUCACGAAUUAAACAUAAAAGAACAAGCCACGUUUCAAAAGAAUAGGCUUACCGAAUAUUGCAAAAAGGCUUAUAAAAAAGUCAAAAUUACCAGAAUGGAAGAGAGAACACAGACAAUCUGUCAAAAAGAGAAUUCGUUUUAUGUAGACACUGUGAGAGCAUUCAGAGACAGAAGAUAUGAAUAUAAAGCGUUGACUAAAGUUGCUAAGCGACAAGUAGCAGCGGCAAUCGCGAAAGAAGAUGCGGCUGAGAUCAAAUCUGCCAAGAAUAGAGAAGUUUUAUACGAUUCUCUUCAACUCGCUCACAAAUGUAUCCUGAAUUCUUUCUAUGGCUACGUUAUGAGAAAGGGGGCACGAUGGCAUAGCAUGGAAAUGGGUGGCAUUGUAUGUUACGCAGGAGCCCAUAUUAUCAUGAAAGCUAGAGAGAUUAUAGAACAAAUCGGUCGUCCACUGGAACUGGAUACUGAUGGUAUAUGGUGCAUAUUACCUGCAUCUUUCCCAGAUUCCAUUGUAGUUCACACUACAUACGAAAAGAAGCCGAAAUUUACGAUCUCUUAUCCAAAUGCGGUUCUCAAUUUCAUGGUGAAAGAUCAAUUUACCAAUGAAGUAUAUCAUGAGCUUGUGGAUAAAGACAAUUUGACAUACGAAAUCAGAAAUGAGAAUUCGAUAUUUUUUGAAGUUGACGGCCCAUAUCUAGCCAUGGUGUUGCCCGCUGCCAAGGAAGAAGGAAAAAAGUUGAAGAAACGAUACGCGGUUUUUAAUUUCGACGGUUCGCUGGCUGAACUAAAAGGAUUCGAAGUAAAGAGAAGGGGAGAGCUGCAACUGAUCAAAAUUUUUCAAGCCUCAGUUUUUGAGUCUUUCUUAAAGGGUAACACGUUGGAAGAGUGUUACGCCUCGGUCGCGAAGGACGCGGAUUAUUGGCUCGAUUUACUCUAUAGUAAGUGUGCGAAUAUGCCCGAUUCUGAAUUAUUCGAGCUCAUAUCCGAGAACAAGUCUAUGUCACGUAAACUGGAAGAAUACGGUGCGCAAAAGUCCACGUCAAUUUCUACAGCGAAAAGACUAGCUGAAUUCUUGGGGGACGAGAUGGUUAAAGAUGCGGGGUUAGCAUGUAGAUAUAUUAUAGCGAAUAAACCGCAAAGCGCACCAGUUACCGAGCGCGCGAUACCGUUGGCCAUCUUCCAAUCGGAACCGGCUGUCCGCAGACAUUAUCUAAAAAAAUGGUUGAAAGAUCCAACUUUGUAUACUGACGACAUAAGGGACAUCUUGGAUUGGAAUUAUUAUAUCGAACGACUGGGGAGUGCCAUCCAAAAAAUAAUCACUAUACCAGCGGCGAUGCAAGGCUUAUCUAAUCCAGUCCCGCGAGUACAGCAUCCGCCUUGGUUACAUAAGAAAGUAACGGAGAAGAGUAUGUCUGAUCGUCAAAGAAAGAUUACAGACAUAUUUACUGUAGCAGCUAAGACUGCGAGUUCUGAACAGACUGCCGACAGCGUUGAAGAAUCUCGUGAUAUCGAGGAUCUCGCAGGACCAUCAACUAGUUUCAAGAAUUUGUCAGUCUCUGUCGUUAACAAAAGGAAACGACAGCAUAUAGAGGAGGAAGUGAUCACGGCCAGAAGUUGGAAAGAAGCUUUAGGUUCACCUCCUUCUAUGGGAAAAACAAAAGACGAGAGGAUGAAAUGGUUGGAAUUCCAUAAGAAAAAAUGGGCCUAUCAGGCCAAACAAAGGCAUCAGCAUCGACAGAAGAGAAGCAAGACAGAUGAGAAUGAUGGAAUCACUUGGGGAGUUAUACGAAACACGAAUACAUCUACUAUAACCGGCUUCUUAAGACGUGCUCAAAGGAAAUUAUUGGAAACUCCUUGGCAAAUUAUUCAACUGUCGGAGACAGGCGAACCCGGCAUGUUUCGAUUAUGGAUACUGGUCGAUACGCAGCUGCAUCAAGUGCGUCUCGUAGUACCUCGCGUAUUUUACGUAAACAGCCGUAAAGCAAGACCGGAUCCGGGACCAAACGAACUCUGGAAGAAGAGCUUCAAAUCGUUACCACGUUCUCGCCCGGUGUAUAACUUGUAUCGAUACUCUCUGCCGGAAUCUCUAUUUCAAGAGCAUAGCCGGGAGCUCCUAGAGGACUUGAGUAAACCAGAAAUUGAAGGGAUUUACGAGACGCAAAUGUCGUUAGAGUUUCGGGCUAUAUUGCAGUUGGGGUGCGUGUGCAUGGUCGAUCCACGUGCCGCGCGUAAAAUGGCAGACGGAGCCGACACUUUCACCUUGGAUCAGUUAGAAUUCAAGAGCAUCGCCUUUCAGCCUUAUCUCAAGCAAACCGAAUCAAUUAAUUAUAUAUUCCUAUAUCAUCAUUGGAGCUCGAAUCAUCAAAGAGCACUGUGGGGUUUAUUUUUAAGCGCCAGCAAGCGAGGUCACAUAUUCAUUUUAGAUUCGGUCGCUGCUUCCAAUCAGCUGUCAAACCUGAGUACAUUGUAUACGCACGAACAUAAAGCAAUAUUGGAGAAGAUCGGCGAGGACAACGUAAACAGAUUGCCUAAAACUAUGCAAUUCGUGGUUCAAGUCGAAACAAACUUUCAACAAGUAUGCCGUACAUUGCAAGCAGCUUUGACGACGUAUAAAAACGAAGGUCACAGUGCUACGAUCAUCGUCAAUCAAACUGCCCUUGAUAAGACAGUAUUGACUACCGAGAUGCCGCUGCUCAAUGAAUAUCCUCUCGUAAACACGCAUGUAUGUGAUGUGGAAAAUCUGUAUAGCACGCUAGAAUGGCAGAAGAUAGGCGCGAAGAUGAUGAUCAGGCAUUACUUGAAGAAUCAACAGAUCGUUGAGCUAAUGGCAGAACAAUGUCGUUUCUUCCACGCGCCUAUCGGCAACAUACCCGCGGAUCCUACUCUUUUUGGCGCAGAUCUAUUCUACGCCAGACACUUGCACAGAAAUAACUUCGUCCUGUGGUGCUCACCCACGGAGAAACCCGAUUUAGGUGGCAGCGAGAAUGACGACAACAGAUUACUGACAGAUUUCGAGGAAAGCUCGAAUUGCGCUGCAAACAAUCCGGGCACGUAUUCCAGCGUUUGCGUCCAGCUAGAUGUGGAAAGUCUAGCGGUCAACGCGUUGUUGCAGUACCAUCAUAUUCACGACAUAGACGGAACCAGUACCUUUGUGGCAUUUCACAAUCAACAACGUCCGUCCGUUCAGGAUAUGGCAACAGGUGAUGCUGCUGCGAUUAUUCCCAGCUACGAUGAAAUCACCCUUUGCAAUCCGGCGUUUAAGACGUUGCGAAGCAUGGUAAACGCAUGGUUGAUUGAAGUCUCUGUUUAUAAGAAUGUAUUCGCGGACUAUCAGCUGAUUCACUUUUAUCGAUGGCUAAGAUCUUCGAGUGCUUUGCUUUAUGAUCCUGCUCUACGCCGUACUCUGCACACUUAUAUGAAAAAAUUAUAUAUACAAUUGAUAGCAGAAUUCAGGACAUUAGGCUGUAUUAUAGUAUUUGCAAAUUUUAAUAAAAUUAUCGUGUGCACGAAAAAAAGAUCUGUGGCCGAUGCUUUAGGCUAUAUGGAAUUUGUUGUUCAAACCAUACGAAACAAGGAGUUAUUCCAUAGUAUCGAAAUUACAUACGACCAAUGCUGGGAAUAUCUGAUAUGGCUUGAUUUGCACAAUCAUGCUGGUGUUAAAGGGCAGCUAUCAAAAGAUGAUACAAGAGACAAUGAGAGUACCGAAAAUGAGGACGAUAAUGAUACGCCUCAAAUAAUCAUGAGUUGGAGUUUGAUGGAAUCCUUACCUAAGGAAUCAGGAUGUCAAGCAAGUUUCAAUGCUGUAAUAGCAGGAUAUAUAAACAUGAUAUAUCGAUGUAUGAUUGAAAACGAAACGAAUAAUACUGGAAGGCCUAGAAGAAGAUACAGUCAAAGUCAGUCCUUUAUAGCACCACUUGGUUUAGGUGCAUUGGAAAAUACAGCCGAAUACGCGAAAAAAUUGAUAUCAGGCGAAAUGUCUCAAAGAUUGUUCAAAAUAACGCAAAAGAUACAUCGCAAUUUACCCGAAAAAAUGUUAACUCUCGAAGAAUAUCCUAAUCUGGACAUGAAUGGAAAAGAAAGUAUAAAGAUUAAUCCUGCCCUUGAAUUAAUCAAAGCAGUAUGUAAGGUUUUAUCUCUGGACAAAGAAUUGGAACACGAGGUUUAUAACUUGAAGACGAAUCUAUUACGACUGAUCGGAGUCGGCAGUCAUAGCGAUAAUGUUGACUGGAAGGAACCAUGUAUUUCUCUCAUCUUACCAGAAGUUAUAUGCAAAGCAUGUAACCACACGAGAGAUGUUGAUCUCUGCAGAGACACAAAUUACACAAUUGAAAAUAACAGACAUAUGUGGAAAUGUCCUAUCUGUGAUACUUCUUAUGACAAUACAGAAAUAGAAUUUUUAUUAAUUGACAAAUUAAACCGCAAAAGUAUGGGUUACGUAUUGCAAGAUCUACAAUGUCGAAAGUGUAAGGAAAUCAAGCGAGAAAAUAUGAAUAUAUUAUGCUCUUGCUCAGGCGAGUAUGAUAACUUAAUUGCACGUGAUGAAAUUAAAAUGCUUGUAAAUAUAUGCAAAUCUGUAGCCAGCAAAUGUAAAAUGAAUAUUUUAGCAGAAAUAGUAGAUAACACAAAACUCUUUAUUGGUUAAAAAUCAAGUUAAAAAUAGUUUUUACAUUUUAUAUGACUAAAUUAAUCUAAAAAAUUUUUUUACUUGCUAUGAAUUAUUCAGGUUGACAAAAAAAAGAAUAAUUCAGCUCUAAUAGUAUAUUUAUUUUUGCAAUGAAUUAUUUAAUAUUUAAUGGUUCAACCAUCGAUACACAUAUAUUCUAUAAUACAUAUUAACAUAUUCACUUUUUGUCAAGACCAACAUCCACAGGUGGCUCUAAAACACAAAGUGUAAUGCCUGUUACGUCAUUUCAACUAUAUGUAUAUAUGUCUAUGUAAUAGUUAUGUAAAAAUGCACUAUUUUUGUAAUAACUCUUGAAUGUAAAAGUAAUAGAUAUCUAUUUAAUAGACAUAUAAACCAAAAUUGCGUACCAU